GGCAAGUUCCGGUCGGCUUGUCCCUUCUGUCGGCGAUACGCUCCUGGCCUUAACUGGCCGGGUCGUGCCUCCGGCGCUGUUACUUUGAAGAAAUUAGAGUGCUCAAAGCAAGCCUACGCUCUGUAUACAUUAGCAUGGGAUAACAUUAUAGGAUUUCGAUCCUAUUGUGUUGGCCUUCGGGAUCGGAAACGAAAGUUGGGGGCUCGAAGACGAUCAGAUACCGUCCUAGUCUCAACCAUAAACGAUGCCGACCAGGGAUCAGCGGAUGUUGCUAUUAGGACUCCGCUGGCACCUUAUGAGAAAUCAAAGUUUUUGGGUUCCGGGGGGAGUAUGGUCGCAAGGCUGAAACUUAAAGGAAUUGACGGAAGGGCACCACCAGGAGUGGAGCCUGCGGCUUAA